AUCGACAUCGUUACUCAGAAUAUCGUCAGUCAAUUCCAGUCGAUCUGUGUAAACUUGACGUAUACAGUUAAAUCAGUAUUUUCGUGUAUCAAAGUAUGGUAUUACUGUUUUAAACUUCUUAUUGUGCCUUCAUUUAUAAAUCAAGAAGAUAGUCUGGAAUUAGAGCUGUCGGAAUCCCAGCUGGCGCUGAAGGAGAGUCUGUGCCGCAGUACCCUGGUGACCGUGGCAGCUCUCGGAUUGGGAGACACUCACCUUCGAGGCCUGCUACUGUACCACCUCCACGCUGCCCUGGCAGAGCGCGCCCGGCGCUUUCCUGACUUAUAUGAGGAGCUCAAAGCCGAAAUCGAAAGUACAAUCGAACAAUCUUACAAUAUCCUUAAAGGUGAUAUUUCGUCACCGCCAGAUUUGGAACUACGGCACCAAUACCUUGGACUCGGAAGUGACAAACCUCAUGAAGAGAGGUUUUUCAUUUUAGAUAAAAAGCCGACUCCAUAGUGUUUUUGAUGUGUAAAAUGUGAUAUUACCCAAGUAAUCUAGUGUUUUGUAACCAUUACAUUUAUUAUAUAUGUA